AUGGCAUCGCAGAAUGCGGAAGAGCCGAUCGGAUGGGCCGCUCCUUCAGCCAUCGACACCUCACUGUCCAUUGCUCCUGAACAGAAUCCAUCCGACGCUCCAGCUACAAGCCAGGUUGAAGGUGCGGUCUCUGACGGAGCCUCUUCCGAUCGCAGCAGCAGCACAUCUGCUCCAAGUCCUGCUUAUCCCUCGCUCAGUAUGGCCACGGCAGGACAAGGCUUGAGUGCCGUCGGUGCUUCCUCAACGGGCGCGUCGGUCGACCCCAGCGUCGAAAAGGAAGCGACGCUACCUUCCUCUCAACUGUUUAGCUCGCCUGCUUUGCCAUCAGACACCAAGGAGCUUGCCCAGCCCAUCUUGAUAACACCCGCUUAUGACUCGAAUGCCCAAUUCUCACCACAGAAACCAGCCGACCCUACGCUUCUUGGCGUCGAAGCUGCUUCCCGCAGCUCCACCCCCGCCUCAGCUUCGCCUUCAGUCAUCUCUGGCACUUCCACACCAGCACGUUCUGCCGCCAACGAGCUCCAUCUCUACGCCCAGCGCAUCCAACAGCAGCUCCUCAAUCAACACGUUCGAGAUCGGUUGCAUGGAGCAUCAGCUCAGGACCCAUCGAGCACACCGCCCUUGCUUCCGCAUCAGCACGGCCAUCUCGCCUCAGCAACCGCCAGCGCCUACAACUCGCCUCCUGGGUCCGGUCGAUCCUCUCCCAAUCUGUCAGGCUCCACUCGAUCUCACCAAACACCUCGGGUACUUGAGACUCGUCGUCUUGACAUCCAAACCCAUACCAGUGGUCGUCGCAUGGUCAACCAAUACCUCAUCGAGGGUGAGCUUGGCCGCGGUGUCCACGGCAAAGUCCGACUGGCUAGAGAUCUGGAGACCGGCGAGCGCGUGGCUGUCAAGAUUGUAGAGAGGGAAGCUCGCAAGCGUCUCGGUGCUGGUCUCGGUCUCCUUAACCGCAACAACCGUCACAAGAUUUCUUUCCCACUCUCUGGCCCCGCCCACCGCCUUGAAUCGCCACCAAACGAGCGCCAGCAAGGACAAGAUGCCCAGAGCAGCAAUGUCAAUGAACAGGCUCAGCAAGGCUCCGACUCCCCUCAUGACGACACCGACUCCGCCUCCACCGCCGUCAAUGUCGUUUCAAGCACAACUUCCACACAAUUCGCCCCGCUCCCAGAUGUGCAACGCCCUGAGCAGUCGGAUAUGGAAGCAGAGCGACGCCGCGAGAAGGAGCGCGAGAAAGCACGCAAAGCGCUCCUUUGGACCACCGACCAAAAGGUACGACGCGAGAUCGCCAUCAUGAAGAAGUGCAGCCACCAAAACGUCGUUCAGCUCAAAGAGGUCAUCGACGAUCCCCAGAGCAAAAAGAUCUUUAUGGUGCUCGAAUACAUGCAAGGAGGCGAGGUUGUCUGGAAGGACGAGCAGGGACUGCCCACAUUAACUGUAGAUGAGGCGCGCUGCAUCCUUCGUGAUGUCGUUUGUGGCCUCGAGUACUUACACUAUCAAGGCAUCAUUCAUCGUGACAUCAAACCUGCCAACCUCCUCUGCGACAAAGAUCGCAGAGUCAAGAUCUCAGAUUUCGGCGUCUCCCACUUUAGCUACGCCAUGAUGAUUGCCAGCGACCAAGCUGCAGCAGCAACUGCAGUGUCCUCGUCCGCAUCCUCUUCCUCCAGCAGGCUAGGUCAGCCAUCUGGCUCCACUUCAGAUCCAAGUCUCAUGGACGAUCGCGAGCUGGCAAAGACCGCAGGAAGCCCUGCCUUCUUCGCGCCCGAACUCUGCAUGUCGUCCUUCUCUUCGACCUCUCCUUCGAUCGAGCCGGCGUCAAACAGUGCCUCUUUGGCCGAAGCUGCUAGUGGCAAGAUUUCGACAGCACCGAUCCGACCCAAGGUCACCAAAGCCAUCGAUGUUUGGGCCCUCGGCGUUACCCUCUAUUGUCUUCUUUUCGGCACCACCCCUUUCACCGCCGAAUGCGAGUAUGCACUCUUUGCUGUCAUUCCCAACACCGACUACUCGCUCCCCACCUUCAUGGGCUCCGACCGUGUCCGUGUUGGCCCAAGAAAGCAAAGGUGGCAAUCCCAUUCGCAGUGGACCGACGAAGAAGCCGACGCACAGCCAGCAAGCCCCUCAGAGCUCUGCCCGGACGCCGACCCUGACAGCCUCAGCCAAGAUGCGAGACAACUUCGCGACUUGAUGGAUCGCUUGCUCGAGAAGGAUCCCACCAAACGUAUCACACUUGAAGAGGUCAAGAAGCAUCCUUGGGUCACUCGCGGCUUGCAAGACGCACCUGCAUGGCUCUCCGAGACGGAUCCGCAGCAUCUGCCUUACGUCGAGAUCUCGCAUGCCGACGUCGAGGACGCCUUGACCGGCUUCUCCAAGCUCAAGCAGCGUGUCAAGAGGUGGCAAUCAAAACUGUUCGACUCAUUCGUAGGCGGACGACGACGUAGUAAGUCGGUUAACCAUUCCUCUGCCUCUUCCUCGAUCCAUGCGGAUGGACGCACCGAUUCUGGCGAUAGGUCGCUCCAUCAAAGCCGACAAGGUACAGAGAGCAACGCCAUCUCAUCCCCCGCUACUCCUUUCGACUCAUCGAGCCAGUCUGGUCCCUCGACAUCGUCUGUACGGACCCCACGAACCCCGCUCAAGGGACCCGCUUUCUUUGGAUUCCAGAAGAGCACAAGUUCUGUUGGUCGACGCGAUGGUGGUACCACUCUCCGUGCCCUCACCAGCGCCCAUCCAGAUGAAGAUGCCGAUUUUGUGGCCUCCGGAUCAUCUGCAGUCAAGGCGUCUGAGUAUUUGGGCACUUCGCCGCGCCAUACGUCACCUCGGACGUUUGAAGAGAGCGUCGCAGAAGCACAUGACCGAGUCUCGACCCUCUCACCCGUGAUGCCGCCUCCCGUGCUGGUCGACAGUAUCGAUCAUGAUGCAAUGAAAACCCCAGGCACCGUCGCGCAACGAAGAGCUUCCGCGCAAUCCUCGAGCAGUGCAGGGCUGCGACCCGACGCAGGCCCACAGAUUCCACAGCGCACUUCUUCCGACACGCAUGGUGCAGCAGCACGAAGAGUCAGUGCCACGUCGGCGUCGUCUUCGUUCCACACUUCUUCUCCAUACAUGCCUUCUAUGCAUCGCAUGCCCAGCAGACGAGAUUCUGGCAGCAAUGACUCGCAUUCUCGCCGCGCCGCUUCACCCAGAAGAUCUUUCGAUUCGGAAGGAAGGUCAUCGACGCUGAGUAUCUCGCAGACUUCGCGAGUCUCGGGUCGUCACCGACUCGGCGGCUUCCUUCGUGGCAGUUGGUUGAUGAACGGCGGCGACGACCGCAAUCGUAGCUCUUCUCGUCCCAGCACUCGUGGUUCUCGCGAUGCACAACCUUUCUCAUCCGGCGUCAGCAACGCAGGUUUCGCCAAACGCAGCGGCAGUAUUCGCAGCACCGCAAGUGUCGUCAAGCCAGGCCUAGCGCCUCCCAGCGCCUUGGGACCGCUCUCUGUCGACACGCAAGGCGCCAUUAGGCAAACCGGAGUUCGCGCUGAGUCAGGCACGCCAACCAGUGCACCUGUACUGGGCAGCAAUAGCAACAGUGCCCUCACAGAGUCUCCAAGCCUGUCCACUGAGCUGCUUACAGAGCCAAUUGAAAGUUCGAGCCUGGCACGAAGCGCAUUCAGCACCGCCAGUCAGCCGUCUUCGCCUCUCUUCGAUCUUGGUGCUGUUCAACCUUUUGCCUUUGACAGCCUCGGGCGUCGCCGCCAUGUCACCGCGCCUCUGGACACCAUUGAUCUUGAGACGGACGAUGUGGACCUAGAGCUCGAACUUUCGGAUGAUGAUCUUUCCGAUGGUCUCGAUGAGGCUGGCGGCGCGCGUGGUGCGAUGCUCGUCAACUCUGGCAACGGCUGGACGGUUCGAAACGAUGAAGACACUGACGGUGGUGAUGUUGACGAUGGCGGUGCGGCUUUUCUUCCCGAAGCCUACGUUCGGAAAGGGUCGAGUGGAAGUGAAAGUUCCAACGACAUCCUCACGCCCUCGGUCGAAGGCGGCUACAAUGUCUACAAGCCGCCCUAUCAACACAUCCUGUCGCCCUCCGAGUCAUCCGUGCCUAAUGAGAGCGGUAACACGGCAGCAACAGACCUCAGCAGUACCAACAACGUCGCUGCUACCAGCAAAGCUCCUAACGGCGCUCAGCCCACAGCACCCGCGUGCCAGACCUUUGCCAUGGAUGCCACCCUUUCGACGGAGGCCGCAACUCUCCGUAAAGGUGAGACCCCGUCCGUCCCAGUGGCGGAAGAGUCGCAGUUCGCCGACGUCGACGAAGAAGCUCCUCGAUCCGACGAGCCUGAGUCUGUGGCUGCCAAGCUUGCUCAGACAGUCUUGGCGGACAAGGAUGACGAGGAUAGCGACGAGCAGUGUGUAAGCUUCCAAGCUCGUCGGAAGAGGUCCACACGUUUCCACGGUCCUCCAGCGUCGGCCGCAUGA